AUGGUGGAUUACCUCGCGGGGCUGUCCACUCCACCGACUCAAACAGAUCUUGGAGCCGGCAUUUCGUACCACGCCGUCCGCUGCGCGUCCAACCUGGCACGCAAUUCCCUCACGCAUGCCCACCUUCUCGACGCCGGCCUUCUGCCGCUGUUGUGCGACGCCCUCCGCACUGCGGAUGUCUCCCACUUCGCCGCCGCCGAUCACCAGCUCACCGAGCUUGUCCUCUGCACCAUUCUCGCUGUCGCCGCGUUGGCAAAGUCCGCCCCUAGUGACGUUGUUGCAGGCGGAGGCCAUAAAAGAUUGCUCUAUUUCAUGAAAGAGCAACACGAAUCUGUCGCUCAGAUGUAUGCGGCUGGUGGCAUCAGGAAUCUCGCGAGGCACGGCGACCGCACCGUUGCUAAUUGGCGCGUGCAUCGAGAGCUCGUUGUCAACGGUGCCGUCGACGCUUUGCGUGCUGGUAUGGCGAAGGAGGCAUCGCCGCAAACUAGGACCUUUUCUGUGCUCGCGUUUGGAGACCUUAUGACCACGGGCCAUCACAAGGCCGCCAUCAUUCGACGGUGGCUUGAGCCUGCCUUUCGAGAUUUUGCUAACCUCGUAAACGAAAAAAAUGCCGGUAUUGCAAGAACUGUUUACCGGACACUGACCGCCUUGUUUGGAGGGGGCGGCACCGAUAAAAGGAACGGAGAAACCCCAGUUUUGGCCCCGCCUGCGCUUUGUGCAUUGCUUGCGAAGGAAAGCGGACAAAUCAUUAACGGCCCAGUAGCCAGGGGGGAUCUCCCAGCUCUCAAAGCAGUCCAUGCGAUGUGCAGAGAUGAGACCCUUGCGCAAGGCAUGGUGGACCAAGGCCUGCUGGAAGUGCUUGUGAGAGGGGCAAGCAAAGGCAAAGGUGAGUACUGGGAGGAGUCCGUAGCCGCGCUGGGUAUUUUGGCGGGAUGGGAAAAGGUCCAGCCUCUCAUGGCUCCAAGAGGUGCCCUGAAAGCGAUACUUGCGCGUCCAUGUCUUAAACAUGAUGGGCGAUGGACAGUACAGUUCCUUGCAAACAUGGCAAAGAGCGGAAAUCAUCAAGUGGAAGUCGCUCGCGGUGGGCUGAAAGUCUUGUCCUUGUCGCUUGUGUCGAAGGACGAGGCGGCCAGGCGUGACGCCGCAAGGGCGUUCUACAACCUAUCCCUUGGGGGUGUGAGUAGGGUGAUGCUGGGGCAGAGUGGUAUCCUCGGCCCUCUGGUGAGGACGGCAAGUUCUUCGGUUGGCGACACACGGCGAUUCGCGAUUGCAACUUUGGCCAAAAUUUCGGAGAGUAUGGAGCACACCAUCAAGUUGGUCGAGGCAGACACAAUCUCUGUCAUGCUGCAGGCUGCGAAGGAGGAUUCUAGAAUUGCUAAAGACGCUGCUUUUUGUAUCGCAACGAUGUCUCAAAUGGUUGAGGCGCAUGGCUCCCUAGCACGAAGCGGGGCAGCCGCUUGGCUGGUUGAGAUGCUCUCUAAAAACGGUGGGAGAGGACCCGACGCCGCAGAAACUAUGCAAUACGCCGCUCUCGGCAUCUGCAAUCUGGCGUAUUCGGCAGGGGUAACGCGAAAUGCUCUUCGGGAAAAUGGUGCAUUGAGUGUUCUGACAGCGAUUUCAGCAUCAACGAUGGGUGCUCCCCAAACAGCGAUGAUUUCCAAGCAAGCUCUCAGGAAUUUGAAGGGAAAUGAGAAACCCGGAAUGUUGCCAGUACAAAGAGCAGGCAAUGAACCCCUCCCGGCGUGA